CGACGGAAACACGUGCCAGUCUUUGCGCACAUUUCUCGUUUUCGUUCGUGCUACUACGGCUGCAUGUGCCCGGACUUUUAAUACUUUAGAGCUGGAUGAUUCGCCUUUUACAAACCAGCUGUGAUUGGUUAAUUUAGAGGUCAGUCAUGGGGCGGAAGUUAGAUCCCACCAAUAAGCAGAAGCGAGGGCCAGGACGAAAGGCCAGAAAGCAGAAGGGUGCAGAGACAGAGAUUCCCAACUUCUUGCUGGAGGGUGAUAGUGCGUCUAAAAGACUUGGAAGCAGAGCAAGGAAACGUGCUGUGAAGCGUUCUGUUCCCACCUCCCAGCCUAAGAAGCCUGAAAAAUCAGAAAUAGAACCAAAACAGACAAAGAAAGGCUUCAGCGAUGAGAACAGCGAGUGGUUGAAGCCAGCGAAGCGGAAGCGUCCCGUGGCUCAGUCCGACAGCGAGUGCGAUUCGGAGGCUGAGGAAGAGGAGGUGCAGGAAGGGAGCGAGGGAGAAGCCCGGGAGGAGGACGUGGGCGCGGGAGGGGAGGAGGAAGCUGAGACCGAUGACGAUGAGAUGGUAGACGACUACGGAGUGGCGGAGGACAGCGAUGAGGGAGAGGAAGAAGGCAGCGACGGGGAGGAGUUGCUGCCGAUCGAGAGAGCGGCAAAGAAGCAGAAGAAGUUGGAGAGGGAGCUGGAGGAGGACAGCGAGGAAGAGGAGGAUGAGGAGGAGGAGACGGGGAGCGAGGGUGACGCCCCACUUGCGGCUGCCGACGAGAUGGAGAAGUUCCAGCUGCCCACUUCAGAGGAGAGAGCGAGAGAGGGCCUGCUGCCCCUGGACCUGCAGUCCAUCCACCAGCGGAUUAAGGACAACGUCGACGUCCUGGGACACUUCAGCGCCAAGCGGGAGGAGGGGAGGGAGAGGGGGGAGUACUUGGCCCUCCUCAAGCAGGACCUGGCCAUGUACUACAGCUACAACACCUACCUCAUCGAGCAGAUCAUGGACCUCUUCCCCCCUGCGGAGCUGAUCGAUUUCUUGGAAGCCAAUGAGAUUCAGCGGCCGGUCACCAUUCGGACCAACACCCUGAAGACGCGGAGGCGGGACCUGGCCCAGGCUCUGAUCAACCGUGGGGUGAAUCUCGAUCCCCUGGGCAAGUGGUCUAAGGUGGGGCUGGUUAUCUUCGACUCCUCUGUCCCCAUCGGCGCCACUCCGGAGUACCUGGCCGGUCACUACAUCCUCCAGGGCGCCUCCAGCCUCCUGCCUGUAAUGGCUCUCGCCCCCCAAGAGGGGGAGAAAGUGCUGGACAUGAGCGCUGCCCCGGGUGGCAAGACGACUUACAUGGCUCAGCUGAUGAAGAACACGGGGGUGAUAGUGGCCAACGACGUCAGCGCAGAGAGACUGAAGAGUGUGGUGGGUAACCUGCACAGGCUGGGCGUCAGCAACACCGUGGUCUGCAACUACGACGGCAGGAGUUUCCCCAAGGUGAUGGGCGGCUUUGACAGAGUCCUCCUGGACGCCCCGUGCACUGGUACCGGAGUUAUCGCCAAAGACCCGUCCGUCAAGACCAGCAAAGAUCAGGCUGAUGUCCUGCGUCACGCUCACCUGCAGAAGGAGCUCCUGCUGUCGGCCAUCGACUCGGUGGACGCCGAUUCGGAAAGCGGGGGCUACCUGGUCUACUGCACCUGCUCCAUCAUGGUGGAAGAGAACGAGUGGGUGGUGGACUACGCCCUGAAGAAGAGGAACGUCAAGCUGGUGCCGGCGGGGCUGGACUUCGGGAAGGAGGGGUUCAGCCGAGUCUGAGGAAGGGCAUUCCAUAGCACUGGAGCAGCACCAGGAAAGGCACAGUCCCCAAAAGUCCGAGAUUUAGUCCUGGGUGCAGCAGACCCAGCCUCAGCUGACUGGAGCCUAUGAGAGGGAGUGUAAACAUGGAGGAGCUCAGAG